AUGGACCACAGUCGAGACCCCUGCCCCUGGGUUGCCCUCAGCGAUUUCGGUGGCGCAUUUUGCAUGGGCGCUAUCGGCGGCGCGGUAUGGCACGGCGUGAAGGGUUUCCGGAACUCGCCUUAUGGCGAACGGCGCAUCGGUGCCAUCACGGCGAUCAAGGCGCGAGCACCUGUGCUAGGAGGGAACUUUGGAGUAUGGGGAGGACUGUUUUCAACCUUUGAUUGCGCUGUGAAGGGUAUAAGGAAGAAAGAAGACCCCUGGAAUGCGAUCAUUGGGGGAUUCUUCACAGGUGGAGCCCUCGCAGUUCGAGGCGGCGCUCGCGCAAUGCGCAACAACGCAAUCGGCUGCGCCGUUCUCCUCGCAGUCAUCGAAGGUGUCGGAAUCGGCUUCUCACGAAUGAUGGCAGAAAACACACGUCUCGAAGCUCCCCCUCCCCCUCCACAGCAAGCG